AUGGCCACAUCUACAGAGGUGCUCCUCAUAUCAUCUUCCUCCUCCUCCUCCUCUUCCAGCGAUUCAGAGAGUUCCCCUGCGCCUCCACCACCAUCGUCACUUUCCCUACGUUAUCACGGUCAUGUUCUUGCUGAUAAAGAUGUGGACUUGCUCGGCCCUGGUCAGCGAUUAAACGACAACUUGAUGGACUUUUUCCUCAGCGUUUUUGUGAGUGUAUUCGCUCGAAAUUCGGCGUAUGCGUUUUCGACGUUUUUCUACACGCAAUUAGCUCAAGAGGAUCUACAGGACGGUUGGGAGAGGGUGAAAAACUGGACGAAAAAUGUGGAUAUUUUCGCCCACGAUUUGCUGUUAUUUCCGAUUAACGAGUCGAAUCAGCACUGGUGGUUGCUGGCGGUUGUGCGCGCGAAGGCUCUCGCGAAAGAAAUCACCGGUGUGCCUACUUGUGGGUCCAAGGGAUGGUUGAUAGUCUUCGACUCGAGGAGUUAUGAAGACGACGAUGAGGAGGAGAAGAAAAUUUUGAGGUUUUUGCAAAGGAAAGCGGCGGCGACGAUCGUGUGGUAUCUGGGGAGAGCUUAUUGUGAGAAGAAGGGGCCUGCGAGGAAAAAAGUAGAUAAACCUGGCAUUUCCAGAAUUCUGAACUCGGCGGGGAUAUUUCCGGAGAAAACGCCGAAGCAGCUGAACGAAUUCGAUUGUGGAGUGUUCGUGUUGGAGUUUGCAAGACGGCUUUGUUAUGUCCGACAGGAAUUAACGGCUUUGGAGGAAAUCAACGAGGAAAAACUGAGGGAAUUGGGAGUGUUGCGGUUUAAUCAAGUAACUGUUAGGAGGAGAAGAAGGGCAUUGCAAAAAUUAUGUUUUCGAUGGGGAGUUGAAGGUGACGUAGGAAGGGACCUCGCUGAGGAAGCCGGACGAGACGCGCUUAUGGAGGCUGUGGGAAUCUCUGUUGAAAAAGGCCCGCGGAGGAGCGAUGGAUUUACGGAGCGAUUGUUGGUAGCUCGAAAAAGAAAAAAGGUGAACGACGAAAAUUCGGUGGGGAAAUAUUUGGCGAGAGAAGUGGCGAGGGGAAGCCGGGGGGAGAAGAAAAAACGACGGCGGUCGGUGUUGAACUCGGUUGUUAGGAAUUACGAGGAAGCGGAUUCGUUGAGGGUUCAGUCGGCGUUUAAUAAGCAGGGAAGGAAGAUGGCGGCAGACCGCACUGAAGGGUAG